CGUUAUUUGUCUCUGAACCGGUGCUAAUGUCCGAUGCAUUAGGAACACUACUGCCUGAUGAGCUCGUCCGCGCCGUCCUGGUGUGGCUUGAUGAUAACGAAUCCGAGACAUGGGAAAGGACAUUCAAGCGCGGCCUCACGCCCUGUAGCUUGACCUGCCGCUACUGGGCCAAGCUCAUUAGGCCCAUCCUCUUCAAAUAUCUUACUCUCGAGAGUGCAGACGACGUAUCCCAACUGGCCGCGAUUCUCGGCGCACAUGACUUCCUGGGCUGUCCGAUCGGGAAUUGCAUAGUCAAUCUAACACUUGUUGAAAAUCCAACAUCCUCCGGCAUCCCAUGGGGUCACCAGCUUGCUCUGAGAUCAUACCAACAAGUCCCUUUCGCCAAGGUCACUUGGACCAUAAAGGGUGCUCCGACAGAUAGUCAGCUUCAGCCAUCACGAAAGUGGCCGACGCUUCCGCCCGCUCUGCUUCCCAGGGUACUACCUGCGUCUCCGAUACCUCUUUCCCGCCUCGCCUUAUCUAAUUUGCAUGUUUCAUCUGCUCGCGGCUUGGUGAACUUUGUCAAAGGGACGCAGCUCAACAUACUGGAGCUUGAGAACGUUACCUUCCCGGGGAACCCUGGGCAUAUCCUUCGUCCACGAUCCUCUCCUCAGCAACAACCUCGGCGCAUCGACUUCUGCGAGCUCUAUAUACAGCGCUGUAUUGAGAAGUCGACGGACCUUCCGUUCUGGAUCAAGUUGUCCAAUGCUAUCUUUACCGGCCAACGUCGGCCGCCAUCAGACAACGACACCGAGGCGCUAGUUACAAAACAUCUCAACCUCGUUGCAUCACUCCAUCAAUGCGAGGAUAGCAUGUCAUUGUUGUGGGUCGGAUACAUGCCCUACUUGAAUAGCGGAAAUUACUACUACGAAUACACCCUCUACAAAGCUGGUGCAGAGGGCGCGAUCGCGGAGGUGCAUAUUCCAGCCAAGAGCGGCGCCAACCCACGCAUCGUGCGAGUCACGUUUGUAUGUCCAGACGCGGAUGGCGAGUACCUGUCUUCGCUGCUUCAUCAGCUAGAGGCCGCGUUCAUCGACAUAAACGGUAUCGAUAUCCCUGAGCUGCUCAUUAAGUGCGACAUCAGAGACUCCAGCAGGGCCUUGGUAUGCGACGUACUGGAAGGGCGCAUAUUGACGCAGCUUCGUGCGCGGCAGCCAAAAAAGGUCCUCAUAGACGUCUCGCUUGGUAACCGUGCUACUAUUGAAAAUAUCCUCUCUGCCCCAUCAUGCAUCAGCCACGGCGAUGAGACCAUAUCGCUGAGCACUGUUCAGCGUGCGGAAUGGUUGCUGCGCUGGGAACACGAGAGGGACGCCUACCUGCGGGAGCAGCUGCAUGCUGCCCAGGCGGCCAAAGCGACAGCGAACACAAGCUCUGAAACAGCACCAGGAGCCACGGAAGGGUCUGAGGACGACAUAGCAGAGCGAGCCCAGGGGCUGUGAGGUUCGGGGACGAAGAAGAACAGGGCGAAUUCAAGUAGAGCGGGUAGUAUUGGGUGUAGGGAGGGAUUCGAUACGUUGUCGGACAAAGGGCACGAACGGGAAAUUGCGUAAACGGCUGCAUUGGGCCAGCGGAGGCGGAGGACAGACUCGGACUGGCCCAGAUAUUUGGAUAGUAUGUGUACGUGAUUCUACUCUGAACAGUAUCCCUCCCCUUACGUAUACUUAAGUUCCCC